GCGGUCUUAGGAUCGUGUGAUAUCUUAAUCGCGGAUUACAAAGAUAACAUAUAGAGUGUUGAAAAAUUGUUGGAAGACUGCUAAAUGCUCGUUUGACAUAACGAAGCCUGUUUAUAAACACUUCUCUAAAGAUCGAUUAUUUCUGUUGAAACACACAAUGCAAAUUAGUAUAUCAAUAGAAUUAUUAAUGGAAUAUUAAAUAAAAUGACGUUAUUAAUUAAAACAUAUUAUAUCAUAAAUAUUAAAUUGAUCGUAAUCUCGUUAUAAAUCGUUCAUUGUUGCGCGCGUAAUUGUUAGCGAUACGUGGAACAUAAUUUAAAGCGUAAGCAAAUCUAAAGAUACGAUUUUCAGAAUCGGACGCGCAAACAAAUCUAAGAUACGAUUUUCAGAAUCGGACGCUACUUCAAACUUGUACACAUAAUGGCAUAGAUAGGUAUACUGAGUAAUGAGCCGUAUUUCACGCAUUGGCGCAGAAAUAACUACGUGUACAUAUAUCAACAGUAUUGGACUUCCAUUCGAUGGAAUAAAUAUGUUCGAGGAAAAUAAGCUCUCCCCGGGGGAAAACCAUAGAGACAGCACCGUGCAACAGGGGAAUACCGAUAAUAAUGGAACAGCGAUUGUGGGAUGAUGAUUAUUAUCGAAGUACGAAAGGAAGGGAGCCGCGUAAUCACAUUGCUAUAACUAAACAGAGUUAGCCAUAAUUGAAGAGAGAGAGAAAAAGAGAUACGCGCCGGUCAGCCGUGGGACUAAAUCGACCGUGUCAUCGUGAACCCAGUCGUAGAUUCGCGUUGGCCCGACUCAGGUGGGUUAAACGAAUAGCGGUCGGUAAAUAGAUCGACGAAGAGUGACGAAGGACGCGGACGACGGCGAUUGGGCGAGCACCCUUGUCUCCAUCGGCCAACCACUUUCGCGCGCCAAGAAGCUAUCUCUCUUCUUGCCUCUCUUUGCCUUUUGUUGGAAUGAAGGCCGCUUAAAUAAGCUCGACUUCGAUAAGGAUUGCAAGUGAAGGGAAAUAAAUUACUUAGUUCGUAAUAUCGCGAGCGGCCCACCUUAUUACCUCAGGCUGCCCCUGCUACUAAUCCACCUCCGUCAUUUUGCGUUCACCCGCUUCUGUUCAACGCCCCGCUCAUUUGACAGAAAUAGCAAGGCGACGUUAAAGACGCGGAAAUAUUUUUCUCUAUUCUUCCCUUGGAACUCGAGCGCAAGAAUUUUUCUUUGAUUAUGAAAAAAACGGAUAUUGCACUAUUUAAUUAUCAGCACAGAGAUUGCAUCAUACGCGAUGAUGCGCGUGAUAGGCGGUGAUACGCGAUAACGUUACAAAAUGUUUAACUAACGGAACUGUCGCGCAUAAAGUUUUCCCUCUGCACUAGCGAUUGUAUUUGUAAUUCGUUUCAAACAUUCCAACAUUUUUGUAUCCUCUCGCGCCGCACGCAAACUUACACUGCAUUACCACGUGCUUUUUUAAUUCAUGUAAAAAAAAAAUACGAAAAUUCUCUUUUUCCACGAUUUCAACCGUAUUUUUGUUCCCUACAACGUCAUGUUGAAUUCACUUUUGUCUCUGAUAUUUUCCGUUAUUUAUACCGAGUGUUCUGCAACUAUCGUACAUUAUUUCUAUAGCAUAUCCGGCCCAAUAGUUGAUUUUACCUUCCCUAUCAUGUGUCGCAUACAUGUACGUGUGCGUGUACGUGUCAUACAUCAGCAAUCAGCUAAUAAUGACAAAUAAUCGAUUCCUAAUCAAUUUUAAUUAUGUAAAUUUCUUUAUCUUAAAUAUUACAAAUUUUUUUUACUUUUUUAUAUUUAAAAAAUACAUUUAUAAAUAAACUCAACAUUUAUUUUAUCACAUAAUCUAUCGUGUAUUAUAAGCGUUAUAUUUUAUUUAUUUGUUUGUUAAAAAUCCGUAUUUGUUAAGAAAAUAAUUUUACAGUUUGAAGUAAUUUUUACAUUUUGAUUUUGUUAUGAAGAUGUCCAUAAGAGACAUCGUAUUUAACAAUCUAAUCUCUGAUCUGUAGUUACUGAUAAUAUAUAGGUUAUUAAAACCUUGAAAGUUUAUCACAGGUUUAUAUACGAACACUGCGAUAAUAACUAUGUCACUAUACGUUCGAUUUUCAUUAAUGAUAGUUCAAAAUCAGAUAUUAACAAAGCUACAGGAAAAAUGCAAGGGCAAAAUCGCUUUUCCGUUAUAAUAUUUUUGGUGGUCGUACUCUCUAUUCUUCAUUCAAGCAUGGCCCGGAGAUGUUAUGGUACGACCGUGGGUGAAUCAUACGAAGAGAUGUAUUGUCCGUGGGGUUACCCUUUAUGUGUCAAAUUUUCAAACAAUUUCUAUGGCCAUGAUUUUCGUGCAUGCGGUGUUGAAAACUUCUGUGAAAUAGCGAGGGACAAGUUAGAGUUAACAGAAUGUUAUGAAUGCAACUCAGAUCUGUGUAAUGCUUCUACUAAGAAUAUGGUAUCAACUAUCACUAUACUAACCUCAGGAUUGAUUACGCUGUUUUGGUCAAUUCAAUAAUUCUUAUAAUUUUUUAUAGUUAUUUAAUCUUGCCGUUUGUAAUAUCACAACCUUCUUCAAAAACUUAACUCUAGAAUUAGACACUGUAUCGGCGGAACAAAAUUUUGCUUCCGUGUCGUUUAAUCUCUAAGUGAGCAAUUUUGAUUAGCCAUAGCGAUCGAUAGUGGAGACACUUUAAACUCUUCUCUCUUCUCCCAUCCUAAACCUCUUUUCUCAUUCCGUCUUCACACAGCAAGCGAUCCAAAUUUCAUACGAAGUCUCUGUUAAAUUGUACAAUGUAUUUUAGGGUUAAUAUUGUUAUUAAAAUGUUUAUUUCUGUUUUUAUAUUUAAUGAGUUUUUUUAAUUCGACGUUAUUGUAAUCUCAAUCUGUAUUAAUUACUACUUUGUUUUUUUUAGCAAAAAUAUAUAUUAAAAGAGUUU